CGAAACCCACCUCUCCUCUCCAUUUAUUAAAUCUGGGUCUUGAUUUUCAGCACUUGAACCCCACCCAAGUUCAAGAAAAGCAACAAAGUUUGUGUUUUUGCUUGAAGAAAAUUUGAUGGGUCGGUCACCUUGCUGCGAGAAAGCUCAUACCAACAAAGGCGCCUGGACCAAAGAGGAGGACCAGCGCCUCAUCGAUUACAUCCGUGUUCAUGGUGAAGGCGGCUGGCGUUCCCUCCCUAAAGCCGCCGGGUUGUUUCGGUGUGGGAAGAGUUGCAGAUUGAGGUGGAUAAAUUACUUGAGGCCUGAUCUUAAGAGGGGAAAUUUCACCGAAGAAGAAGAUGAAGUCAUCAUUAAGCUUCACAGUCUGCUCGGAAACAAAUGGUCUCUGAUUGCUGGAAGAUUACCCGGAAGAACAGAUAACGAAAUCAAGAACUACUGGAAUACCCACAUCAAGAGAAAGCUUCUUAAACGAGGAAUUGACCCACAAACGCACCGUCCUUUGAACGAAGUUGCCAACAAAACCACCUCCGCCACCAUCACCACCACCACCACCACUGAGAAGUCCGCCGUGGAAUUGGACUUCAGAAAUGCAUCAAAAGGUUCAAAACCCAAUUUUAUUACAAUCCCAUCUUGGGAUUAUAAGUGCAAUAAGUUUCAAGUCAAGGCAAAGACGGAAUCCGUUGAGGAAGGAAACUGUUCGAGCAGCGGCAUGACCACGGAUGAAGAACAGCAGCAGCCAAAGAAGGAAGGGAUAAACUUGGAACUGUGUAUUGGGUUUGGCUCCACCCUGAGCGAGUCAACUCGGGUAACCAGUGUCAACUCGGCCGAGUCGAAAUUGCAGCAAAGUGGAUUCAAGUUAUUUGGGUUUGGGGUUUGUGCUGGCAAUUAGGCUCUCAAAGGAGUGAUUCUUUCUGAGAAAUUGACAAAACAGAAAAAUGGGUUCUAUGGAUAUUACUACAGAACUUUGGAUUCAUAGGUAGUGAAUUUUUUUAGAGGUUUAAUCGUACAAAUGUUUUUUUUUUUUUUCUUUCUUUUACCACUGGCUCAACUCAAAUGUCAAAUGUAAUGAAAUCACUUUAUUUGU